UGACAUUUCAUUCAAACGAACCAACAGAGGUAAAAAAGCACGAAAAAUACUGAUGACGUGCUCGACACAAUUUAGUCUGUGUGAUAAUUGCCUGUUGUUUGAAUACCGAAACAGAAGGUAAUUUACCGAAAUCGCCGCCAAAUUGUGUCAACGUUUUCGAUCGGCAGAGAAUAAAAGUGUUUUACAAUUUUUUACAAUUAUAUCAAAAAUACGUUUUUCACAAGAAACAUUUAGUGAGUGUCCGGAAAUUCCAUAAAUAAAUCGAAACAAUUGGUCGAAUCAAAAUGUUGCGGAACACAUUUUGAGUGAAUAGAUAACGAGAUUAACGAAGGUCUGGCUAUUUGUCGUACACUUUCUUCUAUUCAACCGGCACUAAACAUCACACUUAUCUUCCAUUCCGCACGCAUUUUUAUAGUUUUAAAGUCAAUUCAUCGCUUUUGUUUAUAGUAAUUGUAUAGAAGAAAGUUCAAAAUGCUUCCAUUAACACAUCGAGAUCAUCGCAGUCUUUUGUACCGCAUCAAGACGAAACUAAACGACUGGAAGCGUCUUAUUUUCUCCGAUCGAAAUUCGAGAAAUUUAUUUCUAUUUUUACUGUUGAACUUAAGUUUCGCGUUCGUAGAACUUUUCUAUGGUAUUGCAACCAACAGUUUGGGUUUAAUAUCCGAUUCGUUUCACAUGUUUUUCGAUUGCACGGGGCUGAUGGCCGGUUUAGUCGCAUCGGUAAUCACAAAAUGGAAGGCCAACGAUAAAUAUUCGUAUGGAUACGUACGAGCUGAAGUAUUGGCUGGCUUUGUGAACAGCUUAUUUUUGUUGUUUAUUUCAUUCUUCAUAUUGUCAGAGGCAGUUGAACGUGCAAUUGAACCGCCAGAGGUAAAACACGAACGAUUGUUUGUCGUUUCAGUUCUAGGGUUUCUUGUGAAUUUGGUUGGUAUUUAUGCAUUCCAACAUGGUCAUGGUCAUUCACAUGGCGGCGGAGGCCAUGGACAUAGUCAUUCUUCGCAUUCGCAUGAUCAUCACGGCGAUUUGUUGGCGAAUAAUCAUGGACAUUCGCACAACAAUUAUGCAGAUAACCAUGGACAUUCGCAUGAAGGGUCACAUGGCCAUAGUCAUAACAUCCCUUCGGGUGGAGCCAAUUCGCAAAUUAUGCGAGGUGUUUUUCUACAUAUUUUGGCCGACACAUUGGGUUCGGUGGGAGUCAUUAUAUCGGCCAUAUUGAUGCAUAUGUUUGGAUGGAUGAGAGCCGAUCCAAUUUGUUCGAUCUUCAUUGCACUUUUAAUUGCUGCCAGUGUGAUUGGUUUAAUCAAAGAAUCAGCACAAGUAUUGAUGAUGCGACAACCGCAAAGCAUUGAUUAUCCCCUAUCGCAAUGCUAUCAAAAGGUGACUGGACUGGCUGGUGUUUAUAGCGUACAAGAGCCACACUUUUGGACAUUGUGCAGUGAUGUUUAUAUAGGUGCAAUAAAAAUUGAAGUGUCCGAAAAUGCAGACGCUAAAUAUGUUACGAAACAGGCUCGAAUGAUAUUCGAAUCGAUUGGUGUGAAACAAAUGACCAUUCAAUUGGAUUACGUGUGAUUGAAGUGAUUGAAUCAAUCGCGUUGAUAUGUUGCCAAAUAUGAUCUAGAACAUGAACACGCAUGACAUAUAAAAGAAAAGAGAAAUAAAUCCACAAGCAGAUAGAAUCACAUGGCACACACAAA